AUGGCGGGACCAGUGAAUAGACACGUAGUUGUGAUUGGCGGUUCAAUAGCCGGGCUCAUGCAUGCGCUUGUCUUAAAGUCCCAUGGCCACAGCGUUGUGGUUCUUGAGAUGCGCACCGAGGAACGGCUACGAGCUCGAGCUGCAGGCCUGACCCUUUGGCCAAAUGCACAGAAGCUCGUCGCAACGUACAUACCUGAUAUUGGACUCGACGAUAUCUUGUUCCGCAACCCUUCAUUCCCUAUCAUCGACAAGAAUGGCAAUGUACUCGCCGACGUGCCGUUCGCAUAUGAUUUGCGCACGUCGUGUUGGGCGGGCAUCCACGGACUGCUGUGGAUGGCUUGUGAGAAAGAUGUCGAGGGACACGGGUCUGUGACUAUGCAGUGUGGAUGCGAGGUGCAUGGGCUAGUCGAGCAAGACGACCACCUCGUUGUGACGUACAAAAGCAAGGACGGGGUCGAAGAACAGAUGACAACAGACCUCCUUAUCGCAGCUGAUGGUGCACGUUCGCACAUCCGUAGCCUCGUGCUGCCCGAUAUCAAAACCGAGUACGUCGGCUAUGUGGCUUGGAGGUCGCACAUCCCAGAACUGGACGCACCCGAAGAACUGCGUUGCGCGAUCGAGGGCAAGAUGCCUCAAUGCAUGCUUGACGGCAGCUACAUUGUGGUAUACAUGUCGCCUAACGAGAUUGGAAACAUGCGACCAGGCGAGCGAGUCAUUGAAUGGUGUUGGUACGACGCAUGCGAUGCAUCGACCCCGGUUUUUGCCGAUUACAUGACCGAUGUUGACGGUGUCCGUCACAAUGUCACAGUCCCUGGAAACCUGCUACGCCCGGAAGUCUGGAAGUCACAGCUGGAACGAAGAGAAGCCACGUUAUCUGCAACAUGGAAGAAGAUCUUUCAUGAUUCAAACAAAUUGCCGCUUCUUACUGCUGUCCGUGCGUUCGAUAAUACCAAGGCCUCGUUCUAUGGUGGAAAGUUGCUGCUGGUAGGUGAGGCGUUGAUCCAGGUCCGGCCACACUUGGGAGCGAGUUGCGACGUUGCAGCACUGUCCGCAUUAACGUUGCCGCAGGUGCUGGAUGGCAGUUUGACGGUGGGCCAAUGGGAGAAGAUAGUGGCUAGGUACGGUAUGGAGAAGGCGAUCGGAAGUAGGGCCACUGGCAUCUUCGGGAUGACAGGACACUGGCCGGAGGGCUAUACAGCCGAGUCUGCAGCAUAA